AUGGUCGAUUUUCCUUAUUCUAGUGCUCCUCUUCGUACCAUAAAAGAAGUCCAGUUUGGUCUUUUCUCACCUGAAGAAGUUCGUGGCAUUUCAGUGGCUAAAAUCGAGUUCCCAGAAACAAUGGAUGAGAGUCAAAUGAAAGCUAAGAUUGGUGGACUUAAUGACCCAAGACUAGGAUCUAUAGAUCGUAACUACAAAUGUCAAACUUGUGGUGAAGGUAUGGCCGAAUGUCCAGGUCACUUUGGACAUAUCGAACUUGCCAAGCCUGUGUUUCACAUUGGUUUCCUCUCGAAAAUCAAGAAGGUCUGCGAGUCUGUCUGUAUGCAUUGUGGUAAAUUACUCCUUGAUGAAUAUAAUGAACAGAUGAGACAAGCUAUUAAGAUAAAGGAUCCAAAGAGAAGGUUCAACGCCGUGUGGACUCUGUGCAAAGCUAAGAUGGUUUGUGAAACAGAAGUUCCAUCUCCUGAUGAUCCAACAGUGUUCCUCUCGAGAGGAGGCUGUGGUCACAUUCAACCAAGCAUUCGUAAGGAUGGUUUGAGUUUAGUAGGUACAUGGAAGAAAGAUAAAAAUGCUGACGACUCAGAUCAACCAGAAAAGCGAAUAAUAUCUGCUGAAGAAAUUCUUAACGUGUUCAAGCACAUCUCACCAGAAGAUGGUUGGAGAUUGGGAUUCAAUGAAGAUUUCUCUCGCCCUGAAUGGAUGAUUUUGACCGUCUUGCCAGUUCCACCUCCACCUGUUCGUCCAUCGAUUUCUUUCAACGAAUCACAAAGAGGUGAGGAUGAUUUAACAUACAAAUUAGGAGAUAUCUUGAAGGCAAAUAUUAACGUUCAGAAACUUGAAAUCAAUGGUUCCCCUCAACACGUUAUCCAAGAAUCGGAGUCUUUGUUGCAGUUCCAUGUAGCAACUUACAUGGACAAUGAUAUUGCUGGUCAACCACAAGCUGUCCAAAAAUCCGGUCGUCCUAUUAAAUCCAUUCGUGCCCGUUUAAAAGGUAAAGAAGGUCGUAUUAGAGGUAAUUUAAUGGGUAAACGUGUUGAUUUCUCUGCCCGUACAGUGAUUUCAGGUGAUCCUAACUUAGACUUGGACCAAGUUGGUGUCCCAAAAUCUAUUGCCAAAACUUUAACAUACCCAGAAGUCGUCACACCUUACAAUAUUGACCGGUUGACUCAACUAGUUCGUAAUGGUCCAAAUGAGCAUCCGGGUGCUAAAUACGUUAUUCGUGAAAGUGGUGAUCGUAUCGAUUUACGUUACAGUAAAAGAGCUGGUGACAUCCAACUUCAGUAUGGUUGGAAAGUCGAACGUCAUAUUACAGACAAUGAUCCAGUUCUUUUCAAUCGUCAACCAUCCCUUCACAAAAUGUCUAUGAUGGCUCACAGAGUGAAAGUCAUGCCAUAUUCUACCUUUAGAUUGAACUUAUCUGUCACUUCCCCAUAUAAUGCAGAUUUCGAUGGUGACGAAAUGAAUUUACAUGUUCCCCAAUCUGAAGAGACUAGAGCCGAAUUGUCGCAGUUAUGUGCAGUGCCUUUGCAAAUUGUGUCCCCACAAUCUAACAAACCUUGUAUGGGUAUUGUGCAGGAUACAUUAUGUGGUAUUCGUAAAAUGACUCUAAGAGACACUUUCAUAGAAUUGGAUCAAGUGUUGAAUAUGCUUUACUGGAUUCCUGACUGGGACGGAAUUAUCCCCACUCCUGCAAUCUUGAAGCCAGUACCACUAUGGUCGGGUAAGCAAGUGCUAUCCAUGGCUAUUCCUAAUGGUAUUCACUUACAACGUUUUGAUGAUGGAACAACUUUCUUAUCACCAAAAGACAAUGGUAUGUUGAUCAUUGAUGGUAAAAUCAUUUUUGGUGUUGUUGACAAGAAGACCGUCGGUUCAUCUAGUGGUGGUUUAAUCCACGUGGUUACGAGAGAAAAGGGACCUGAAAUUUGCGCAAGACUCUUCAGUAACAUCCAAAAGGUUGUCAAUUACUGGCUCUUGCAUAAUGGUUUCUCCAUUGGUAUUGGUGAUACCAUUGCUGAUGAGAAAACCAUGAGGGAGAUUACUGAAGCUAUCGCUGUUGCCAAGAAGAAGGUCGAAGAUGUCACGAAAGAGGCUCAAGCGAACUUAUUAACGGCAAAACACGGUAUGACAUUGCGUGAAUCGUUCGAAGAUAAUGUCGUUCGUUAUCUAAACGAAGCUAGAGAUAAAGCUGGUCGUUCAGCAGAAGUCAACUUGAAAGAUUUAAAUAACGUCAAGCAGAUGGUUAGUGCGGGGUCGAAGGGUUCCUUUAUUAAUAUCGCUCAAAUGUCUGCAUGUGUUGGUCAACAAUCUGUUGAAGGUAAACGUAUUGCUUUCGGUUUCGCUGAUCGUACUCUUCCACAUUUCUCCAAAGACGAUUAUUCUCCUGAAUCCAAGGGUUUCGUGGAAAAUUCAUAUUUGAGAGGUCUAACACCCCAAGAGUUUUUCUUCCACGCAAUGGGUGGUCGUGAAGGUUUAAUCGAUACCGCCGUGAAAACAGCUGAAACAGGUUAUAUUCAACGUCGUUUGGUCAAAGCUUUGGAGGAUAUCAUGGUCCAUUAUGAUGGUACAACAAGAAACUCUCUAGGGAAUGUUAUACAGUUCAUCUAUGGUGAAGAUGGUAUGGAUGCAGCGCACAUCGAAAAGCAGUCAAUUGAUACUAUUCCUGGAUCUGAUAGUGCUUUCGAAAGGCGUUACAGAAUCGACCUAUUAAAUGAGGAGUACGCCUUGGAUCCCUCUCUUUUGGAAUCAGGAUCCGAAAUUAUCGGAGACUCAAAAUUGCAAUUACUACUUAACGAUGAGUACAAACAGCUUGUUGAUGACCGUCAAAUUUUGAGAAGGGUGUUUGUCGAUGGUGAACACAAUUGGCCUCUACCUGUUAACAUCAAGCGUAUUAUCCAGAACUCACAGCAAACAUUCCGUAUCGAUCAAACCAAACCAACUGAUUUAACAAUUGAAGAUGUUAUUUCAGGCGUAAGGAAAUUACAGGAGAAGCUUCUAGUCGUACGUGGGAAGAGUGACAUCUUAAAAGAAGCUCAACAAAAUGCAAUCACGUUAUUCUGCUGCUUAUUGCGUUCUCGUCUAGCUACACGUAGGGUGAUUGAAGAAUACAGAUUGAACAGACAGACCUUUGAUUGGGUGCUAAACAAUAUCGAAGCACAAUUCCUAAGAUCUAUUGUUCAUCCAGGUGAAAUGGUUGGUGUUUUGGCUGCUCAAUCCAUCGGUGAGCCUGCCACUCAGAUGACAUUGAAUACUUUCCAUUUCGCUGGUGUGGCCUCCAAGAAGGUUACUUCAGGUGUUCCUCGUUUAAAGGAAAUUUUAAAUGUCGCCAAAAAUAUGAAGACCCCGUCUCUUACUGUGUAUUUAGAUCCAGAGUACGCUGCUGACCAAGAGAAGGCUAAAGAAAUCCGUUCAGCUAUUGAACACACAACUUUAAAGAGUGUCACCGUCGCAUCUGAAAUUUAUUAUGACCCAGACCCUCGGUCGACUGUCAUUGAAGAUGAUGAGGAAAUUAUUCAGUUACACUUCUCCUUGAUGGAUGAGGAAACAGAAAAAUCUCUAGAUUAUCAAUCUCCAUGGUUAUUACGUCUAGAACUUGAUCGUGCGGCAAUGACUGAUAAAGACUUAACUAUGGGUCAAGUCGGUGAAAAAAUCAAGGAGACAUUCAAGAACGACUUGUUCGUUAUAUGGUCAGAAGAUAAUGCUGAGAAAUUGAUUAUUCGUUGUCGUGUUAUCCGUGAUCCUAAGACCUUGGACGCAGACGUCGAAGCGGAGGAAGAUCACAUGUUGAAGAAAAUCGAAAAUUCUAUGUUAGAGAAAAUCACUCUGCGUGGUGUCGAAGAUAUUACACGUGUGGUGAUGAUGAAGUAUGAUAGAAAAGUCCCUAGUGAAACCGGUGAAUACCAUAAAGUUCCCGAAUGGGUUCUAGAAACAGAUGGUGUGAAUCUUUCUGAAGUCAUGACAGUGUCCGGUGUAGAUGGCUCACGUAUCUACACAAACUCCUUCAUUGACAUAAUGAAUGUAUUAGGUAUUGAGGCUGGUCGUGCGGCCUUAUACAGAGAAGUGUACAAUGUUAUUGCUUCCGAUGGUUCUUAUGUUAAUUACCGUCAUAUGGCUCUAUUAGUCGAUGUCAUGACAUCACAAGGUUUCUUAAUGUCUGUUACCCGUCACGGGUUCAACAGAGCCGACACUGGUGCUUUAAUGAGAUGCUCCUUUGAAGAAACUGUGGAAAUUCUAUUCGAGGCAGGUGCGGCAGCAGAGUUAGACGAUUGCCGUGGUGUCUCUGAGAAUGUCAUCUUAGGUCAAAUGGCGCCAAUUGGUACCGGUGCAUUUGACGUCAUGAUUGAUGACGAAUCUCUAGUGAAAUACAUGCCUGAACAUAAAGAAGUCAAGACAGAAGGCCAAGAAGGAGGUGCUACACCAUAUUCCAACGAAAGUGGUCUUGCAAACGCAGAGAUUAAUGUUAAGGACGAACUAAUGUUCUCACCUUUGGUUGAAUCAGGGGGAGCAGACGCUCUCGCUGGUGGAUUUACUGCUUAUGGUGGGGCCGACUAUGGUUCUGCAACCUCUCCGUUCAGUGGAUAUGGUAACGGCCCUACUUCCCCUGGCUUUGGAGAAGUUUCCUCUCCAGGAUUCUCUCCAACCUCACCAGGUUAUUCACCAACUUCACCAUCAUAUUCACCAACUUCGCCAUCAUAUUCACCUACAUCUCCGUCUUACUCACCUACAUCUCCUUCUUACUCACCAACGUCACCAUCAUAUUCUCCUACAUCCCCUUCGUAUUCACCAACAUCGCCAUCCUACUCACCAACAUCGCCAUCAUACUCCCCAACAUCUCCAUCGUACUCCCCAACAUCACCUUCAUAUUCUCCAACUUCGCCUUCCUAUUCUCCUACAUCACCAUCUUAUUCUCCUACAUCACCAUCUUAUUCACCCACUUCACCCUCCUACUCUCCAACCUCUCCUUCAUAUUCUCCUACAUCGCCAUCAUAUUCUCCCACUUCACCUUCCUAUUCUCCAACAUCGCCAUCCUAUUCCCCCACCUCACCAUCCUAUUCCCCUACUUCUCCAUCUUACUCACCAACCUCACCACAAUACAGUCCUGGUUCUUAUUCUCCAGCUGAACCUAAGCAACAAGAAUCAGACGAAGAGAAGAAAGAAAAUAAGUGA